AUGGCCACUACUGCAUCAAUUGAUAAGCCAUACAUCCAUGAAGGAGGUAUAAGACCAUAUUUUGAACAAUUAGUUCAAGAUACUGAAAUCAAGAUUCAACAAACAACUCAAAAUUUACGUCGUUUAGAAGCACAACGUAACAAAUUAAAUAACAAAGUAAGACAAUUAAAAGAUGAAUUAAGAUUAUUACAAGAACCUGGAUCUUUUGUAGGAGAAGUUGUUAAAGUCAUGGGAUUGAAAAAAGUUCUUGUUAAAAUACAUCCAGAAGGGAAAUAUAUUGUUAAUAUAAGUAAAGAUAUUGAUGUUAAGAAAUUAACUCCAUCGAUUAGAGUUUGUCUUAGAGCUGAUUCUUAUGAUUUAUAUAAAAUCUUACCUAAUAAAGUAGACCCAUUAGUCUCUUUGAUGAUGGUUGAAAAAGUUCCUGAUUCAACUUAUGAUAUGGUUGGUGGAUUAGAUCAACAAAUUAAAGAAAUUAAAGAAGUUAUUGAAUUACCGGUGAAACAUCCAGAGUUAUUUGAAUCUUUAGGUAUUGCCCAACCUAAGGGGGUUAUUCUUUAUGGUCCACCAGGAACUGGUAAAACAUUAUUAGCAAGAGCAGUAGCUCAUCAUACUGAAUGUAAAUUUAUUCGAGUUUCAGGUUCAGAAUUAGUUCAAAAAUAUAUUGGUGAAGGAUCACGUAUGGUUCGUGAAUUAUUCGUAAUGGCAAGAGAACAUGCGCCUUCAAUUAUCUUUAUGGAUGAAAUUGAUUCUAUUGGAUCUUCAAGAGUUGAAGGUUCUUCCGGGGGGGAUUCAGAAGUUCAAAGAACAAUGUUGGAAUUAUUGAAUCAAUUAGAUGGAUUUGAAAGUUCAAAAGAUAUUAAAAUCAUUAUGGCUACUAAUAGAUUGGAUAUUUUGGAUCCAGCAUUAUUAAGACCAGGUAGAAUUGAUAGAAAAAUUGAAUUUCCGGCUCCUACAGUUGCUGCUAGAACUGAUAUUUUAAAAAUUCAUUCAAGAUCAAUGAAUUUAACUAGAGGAAUUAAUUUACGUAAAAUUGCUGACAAAAUGAAUGGAUGUUCUGGGGCUGAUGUAAAAGGUGUAUGUACUGAAGCUGGGAUGUAUGCUUUAAGAGAAAGAAGAAUACAUGUGACUCAAGAAGAUUUUGAAUUGGCAGUGGCUAAAGUGAUGUCUAAGAAUGAUGAAGGUGCUGUCUCUUUAGCUAAGUUGUUUAAGUAG